CUAACAAACAGACUGCCAGCCAAAUAGCUCUUGGAAAGGUAGCUGUCUAUAAGUCAUUUGUGCAGCAGAACAUCAAAGUUGACCCAGAAGAACCUACAGGUUUGAUUUUGGCUUUGCCAUGCAUGUAAGAGGGAAUUUAUUGGACCAGUAUUGGAGAUGGACAGAUUUACACCAUGUGAGUGCAGUGUGACCUUUCAAUAUGGAUGGACAAAGUACAAGAAAAUCUAAUCUCCUCUUCUCCAUACAUCCCUCCCACUUCACAUUGCUGGUAUUGACAGCUCUACUGCUCCUGAUUCUGAAUUUGUAUGGCAUUAUGUACGAUAAAACUGCAAUUCCUGGAUCUGUGUCCGAAUGGAGAAGAUAUCCAGUUCCAAAGUUUAAUCACACCAUGAUGCAGAAAGUGGAGACAAGGAAUCCCCAUUGGACAGACAGGCUGAUACAAUGUGGCUACCAGAUUCACAGCUUCACCCCUGAAGAAAGGUCAGAGGGAACGUCCCUUAUGAAAAUGAUCAAAUGGCCUAAGCCCCCCAACUCUGCUGUGCCCUUUCAGAAAAGCAGUGACCCAGCACACAUUCACUUUGUAAUUUUAAAUUCUGCAAAGACUUUCUAUGUGGGAGAUCAGUUACAAGUGAUGCUGCAGAUGAGUGAUUUUGAAGGUCACCCAAAGCGAUAUGGGGGUGACUAUCUCCAAGCUCGGAUCCACACCCCAGCUUUAAAAGCUGGUUCAGCAGGAACUAUUAUAGACAAUGAAAAUGGAUUUUACUAUGUCAAUUUUACUUUAUCAUGGCCAGGGAAAGUUGAAGUCUCAAUUUCAUUGGUUCAUUCCAGUGAAGGGAUCCAAAUACUCAAAAGGCUACGUGAGGAACGAAUCUCAAGAGUUUAUUUUCAAAGUACCUUACAGACCACUCGAUGUAAUCUUUAUUUGCCUCAAACUGAACCACUCUGUAACUUUACUGAUCCCAAGACUGGGGAGCCCUGGUUCUGUUACAAACCAAAGAAUUUUUCCUGCUCUGCUCGUAUCAAACGUGGCUUAGCAGGAUUUGAAAAAAAUCUCUUAACGGGAGAAGAGAAGCGCUAUUUCCAAAGUCGUAUCAAUCUCAAGCAGCGCAUAUUACCCAGUGGCACAGGAUACAUAAUGGUAGAGCCUUCACCUCGACCAACUCCGGCUCUUGGAAAAUGUGUCCGAGGACAGCCCAUUGUAUCACCAUCUGGUUUUUAUUAUAAGGACCGAUGGAUGUCAAUGACCUGCAAUAUCUAUCACUUUGACACUCCUGCAAAAAUGACAGACUGUCUUCGUCAAAAAAGAGUUUAUCUGUUUGGAGAUUCCACUAUGCGUCAGUGGUUUGAAUACUUGAUACAAAUGGUUCCAGGUCUCAAAACAUUGGAUCUUGGUAAUCCUAUCAAGCUUGGUCCUCAUCUUGCAGUGAACGUGGAGAACAACACUGUGGUAGAAUUUCGCCCUCAUGGUCUUCCCAUCCAAUUCCGCACCUUUCCAAGACACCUGCGUUACAUUUCAAAUGUGCUGGAUGAACUUAGAGGAGGAGAAAACACAACUAUAGCCAUUACCCUAAUGGCCCAUUUCACCCCAUUUCCUCUUGAAGUCUAUAUUCGAAGAAUACAGAAUGUCAGGAGGUCGAUUCUCCAGUUACUCGACAGGAAUCCGGAUACACUGGUUGUAAUAAAGACGGCCAAUGUCCGGGAAAACCCCCCACAGCUCGUUCCCUAUUACAGUGACUGGUACGCUUAUCAGAUUGAUUCAGUGAUGAGGAAGAUGUUCACAGGUAUCAACGUGGUAUUUGUAGAUGCCUGGGAGAUGACCAUAGCACAUUACCUUCCUCACAAUAUACAUCCUGGGAGAAUUAUUAUAAAGAAUCAAAUAGAUGAGUUUCUUUCAUAUGUGUGCCCUUCUGUAAAAUGAUGACAUUUCUAUGAAAUCAGUUCCAACCAGGGUUUUUUUAAUAAUCAUAUGAUUCAAAGUUUAAAUAACAUGUUCAUACCUUUGGGCUCUGGGCACUGCUACUGGAUAUCACUGUCUGACACUUGUCCAACAAAUCAGGCCUGAAAUGAAUACCUGUGCACUUCACUCAAACUGAUCAAACAGACACACACUCUCUCAUAAACACACAUACCUUCUCUCACAUGCACACACAUAACUGUCACACACACUUAUCCUCUUGCACACAGACAUACUGUCUCAUAUACACACACACACAUUCUCUUGCACACACAAAUACAUACGCUCACAUAUUUACACAAACACAGCUACAUACUUACACAUCCACUCUCUUACAUAGUCUCUCUUUCACUCUCACACACACACACAUCUUGCCUCACACAUAAAAACACUCACAUAUGCCCUCUCUCACACAAACACACAAUCUCUCUCACUCACAUACAAACUCAAGCAGCUCUCUCAUAGACACAUACUCUCUCUCGUACACAUAGACAUACGUCCUCUCACAUAUAUACAGACACUUACAUACAUUCUCUCAUGCACAUUUUUGCAUACACACACAUCCUAUUCCACACACAUUUUCUCUCUCUCACACACCUACAUAAAUAAACAAAUUAUCUCAUAUACACAUCCCUUACAUCUACACAUACACAUCCUGUUGCAUACACUCUUACACACACAUCCUCUCUCAUGCACACAUCUUCUUGCAUGCACAUGCACAGACUCUUUCUCAUACAAACACACACACACUCUGUCUGUCACAAACACUCUCACACAAACACAUGCACUCUUGCAUUGUUUCUCACACAAACGCUCACACACACAAAAACUCAAACAUACAUUCUCUUGUACAAACUCAAAGAAACCAAACACACACAUAGUCUCUCUCUCUCUCUC